CUUCACCCCACGAGAGGACCUGAGGUGGCCAGGGGCGCCCGACGGAACCUCCCCAGGGACCCGCCAGCCCCACACCACAACGCCCCGCCACGUCCGGCACCUCGGCAUCAGGCUCCCCAGACACAGCCUUACCUGCGGGCUCCACACUCCCCAGGGCUUCAAGAGGAUGCUUGGACCGCCGGCGGGGACUUCGGGGCAGGAGUGAGGGGGGCUCUGGGCCCCCAUUCAGCUCCUUUCCUCCUGAGUCAGGGCUCCCCCAGCGGGGUGAGCAUGGUGGUUUUCCCUCCGAGCCCCCUGAUUUGGGACGUCUGAGAAGAUGCCUGCCAUGAGGCUGCUUACUUGCUUCCUGCAGCUCCUGGCUGGGCUGGCGCUGCCCGCAGUUCCCCCCAAGCAGUGGGCCUUGGCUGCUGGGAACGGCUCAUCAGAGUUGGAAGUGGUGCCUUUCCAGGAAGUGUGGGGCCGCAGCUACUGCCGGGCCCUGGAGAGGCUGGUGGACAUCGUGGCCGAGUUCCCCAGUGAGGUGGAGCACAUGUUCAGCCCGUCCUGCGUCUCCCUGCUGCGCUGCACCGGCUGCUGCGGGGAUGAGAACCUGCACUGUGUGCCGGUGGAGACGGCCAACGUCACCAUGCAGCUCCUGAAGAUCCGCUCUGGGGACCCGCCCUCCUACGUGGAGCUGACGUUCUCUCAGCACGUGCGCUGCCAGUGCAGGCCUCUACGGGAGAAGAUGAAGCCAGAAAGGAGGAGACCCAAGGGCAGGGGGAAGAGGAAGAGAGAGAAGCAGAGACCCACAGACUGCCACCUGUGCGGUGACACUGUUCCCCGGAGGUAACCAGCCCCACGGAGGAGAGACCCCACACCCGGCUCGUGUAUUUAUUACCGUCACACUCUCAGUUACCUCCCUGCGGGCACCUGUCCUCUAUUUAUUAGCCAAUUGUAUCCCUGCUGAAUGACUCGCUCCCUCCAAGCUGAGGGGCAGGGAGGCAUAGGACCCUCAGGAAUUCUGUGCCUUAAACAGAACGUGAGAGAAAGAAAGAAGGCAGCCACAUACCGCGUGCGCUUCAGCUGGGGAAGAAGUAGGCCCUGUGGCUUUGUGACGGGCAGGCCAGGCCCCAGAAACCCCACAGGUCUCCAGAGAGCCAGAGAGAGAAGGAGAGGGGGACCCAACUCGCGUUGCUGGCUGGGGCUCUGCCCUCCAGCAGCCCUGGCUGUGGGAGUCCGGCUGGGCGGGGAACAGGUGGGCUGGAAGGUCUGUCCACCUCCCCCUCUUGGCUGCCCUGCGCCCUGAGACCAGAAUGUUCAGCUCUGGAGAACAGUCGUUGCCUGGGGGCCUCUACCACCCCUCAUCCCCUCUGGUCUCUCCUCACAUCUUGCCACUGCUUGUGCUGGGACAUUGUUCUUUCUGGCCACGGCACCACCAUCAUGCCCCCUCAGGGACACAGGCAAAGAGCGGGCCCCAAGCUGGACGCGGAACAAACUGCCCACCCCCCAUGGCUGUCUGACUGCCAAGCCAGUUUCUCUUGAAUAAAGUAUUCUA